AAAUAGGAACCUGGGAGAGUCCUGAAGUCAGCGGUGUGCCGCCGCUGCCUAGGACGUUUCACAGCUCCUCAGCAGCUGUUGGAGACUGCCUGUACGUGUUUGGAGGGGGACAUAAAGGAGCAGAACCAGUUAAAGACCAGCAGCUUCACGUGUUUGACACAGCCACAUUGACCUGGUCCCAGCCAGACACUCGUGGCGAUCCCCCCUCUCCUCGGCAUGGACACGUUGUGGUCGCAGUUGGGACCAAACUCUUCAUCCACGGAGGUUUAGCUGGGGAUGUUUUUUACAAUGAUCUGUUCUGCAUCGAUACAACUGACCUGAGGUGGGUCAAGAUAGCAGCCACCGGUGACAUCCCGGGAGGACGGGCAUCCCACUCCUCUGCUGCCUUUAGAGACCACUUGUACAUUUUUGGUGGAAUAGGACCAGGCGGGGCACUAGACACUAUGUACAAGUAUCACACAGAGAAACAGCAGUGGACGCUCCUGCAGUUUGAUUCCCCUCUGCCCGCGGGGAGGCUGGACCAUGCCAUGUGCGUCAUCCCCUGGGUGGCUGCCGCGAGCGCAGGGGCUGCCGCCGCCGGGGAGGAGGAAGCUGGGGAAGCAUCAGCUGCAUCAGCGGGUGACAAAGCUGGCCCCCUCCAGGAGGUCCAAGAGGAGGAGGGGUGCUGUGCUGCAACUGCAGUCGUGCAUCUGCUGUUGGUAUUUGGUGGGAUGGACACGCAGGGGGAGAUGUUCAGGGACUGCCUCGUCAGCCUGAUCGAGUAG